CACUAGUCCGACUUUUCCUUGCUCAGCCCUUUGAGUUCCAAAAAAUUCCGCUCCAACAACAAUGGCUCCACAGUGAAUAUAGCCGUUAUAAUCUACAGGCUUUUAAAUCAUCUCUCCCUCUGUCUUCCUUUCUUACACAAAGUACAUCCCCACCCCCACAAAAAGAAAAAGCAGCAGCAAUGACUAAAGCAGCACCUCUUUUGCUUCUCUUCUUGUACUUGAUUUCAGUUGGAAACUUGGUCGCUUCUAAUAAUUAUGAGCAGAAAACUUGGUGUGUAGCCAAGCCGUCUUCAGAUCAAGCAACUUUACUGGCGAAUAUUAAUUAUGCAUGCUCUCAAGUUGAUUGCAGAAUUCUGCACAAGGGUUGUCCAUGUUUUUCUCCUGAUAAUCUCAUUAGCCAUGCCUCUAUAGCUAUGAAUCUCUACUACCAGUGCAGAGGAAGGAACAGGUGGAAUUGCGAUUUCAAAAACUCUGCUCUAAUUGUCAUCACCGAUCCCAGUUUUGCUGAUUGCAUAUAUGCAUAAUGCUUGGUCCAGAAGAAAGUAGGAUUUGACGACCAUGAACAGUUAGAAAGUUAUAGUGGAUUUUGGGUUGUUUCUUUUUUUUGAAUUU